AGAGAGAGAGAAGCAGCCGAGGAAGGGAGAAGGACCUCAGUGUCUGGUAUCGGCGUUAUCCUCCAACAGAGUCGUGACGGUGAGAAUCUUCCAGAGUCGGAAGCCUCGUCUGUUCGGAUCUGGCUGUAUUUUUAUUCUUUUAUUUUCUGGAGGGGGACUGGUUGCAGUUUGCUGGAGGGGGGGGCGUCGGGUCACAGAUCUCCGGGGUUAUGAGUCGUCCGACACCGCGUCGGUGCGUCGCUGUCCAGGGUCCUGAGUGAGACGGAGGAGCGGCCGCGGAGCCUGAUACAACCCCGGUGAGGAGGAGAAGGUGGAGGAGUCCUUUGCAGCAAUCGCGGCUCUCAGUUUUGUAAUGCAUUGACAGUGGAGCAGCGGGAAAUGAGCCGGAGAGACACCUGAGUGAGUUGACAAAGCUCAGGAGCCAUGGAGUUAAGGGUGGGAAAUAAAUACCGCCUCGGGAGGAAGAUAGGGAGUGGAUCCUUUGGAGAUAUUUAUCUUGGUUCUAACAUAGCUACAGGAGAAGAAGUGGCCAUUAAGUUGGAAUGUGUGAAGACCAAACAUCCACAGCUCCACAUUGAGAGCAAGUUUUACAAGAUGAUGCAGGGCGGAGUGGGAAUCCCAUCUAUUAAGUGGUGUGGAGCUGAAGGCGAUUACAAUGUUAUGGUCAUGGAGCUGCUGGGCCCCAGUCUUGAGGAUCUAUUCAACUUCUGCUCCCGCAAGUUCAGCCUCAAGACAGUCCUGUUGCUGGCCGAUCAGAUGAUCAGCAGGAUCGAAUACAUCCAUUCCAAGAACUUUAUCCACAGAGAUGUGAAGCCUGACAACUUCCUGAUGGGGCUAGGAAAGAAGGGCAACUUGGUCUACAUUAUCGACUUCGGCCUGGCCAAGAAAUACCGCGAUGCCCGAACGCACCAGCACAUCCCCUACCGUGAAAACAAGAACCUCACUGGCACAGCCCGCUACGCCUCCAUCAACACCCAUCUGGGAAUCGAACAGUCGAGGCGGGAUGACCUGGAAUCUCUGGGCUAUGUUUUGAUGUACUUCAAUUUAGGCUCUCUGCCAUGGCAAGGGCUCAAGGCCGCCACCAAGAGGCAGAAAUAUGAACGAAUCAGUGAAAAGAAAAUGUCCACUCCCAUUGAGGUGCUCUGCAAAGGAUACCCCUCGGAGUUUUCCACCUACCUGAACUUCUGUCGCUCCUUGAGAUUUGAUGACAAGCCAGACUACUCGUACCUGAGGCAGCUCUUCAGGAACCUUUUCCACAGACAAGGCUUCUCUUACGACUAUGUCUUCGACUGGAACAUGCUGAAGUUUGGAGCCAGCAGAACAGCGGAGGAUGGAGACAGGGAGAGGAGGGAUGGCAAAGAGGGUGAGGAGCGAGCAGGAGGUGGUCAAAGAGGAGCUGGCGGUCGAGCUUUGCCGCCAGGUCCAAAUCCUUCAGCAGCCAACAGGGUCCGGAACGAGGUGGAUGCCCCUCCUGCUAACCCGGCCACCCGCGGGGUCCAGCAGUCAGGUAACCGUUCUCCUCAGGCAGGAAGAGCAGAACGAGCCGAGAGAGAGCGGAAGGUGGCCAUGAGGCUUCACCGCGGAGCUCCGGCAAACAUCUCCUCCUCUGACCUCACUGCACGCCUCGACCAAUCACGUAUCACUGCAUCACAGGUCAGUGUGCCAUUUGAACAUUUGGCAAAGUGAGAUCCUCCUGGACGGCCUGCAGGUCCGUGGCAGAAGCUGCAAGGUAUCAAAUACCCCUUACUUUUCAAAUGGAUGAAUAAAAAUAUGAGUGAGUGGAGCAGGAGAAGAGGAAGAGUGCAGGCCCUUAAAAAGGGGGGGUACCUGGGGGCGUCCGUGUGUCUGUCGGUAUGCUGUGUGAACUCCAGGAGGGGCUGCAAGAACACUGAAAUGAUGGAAACCAGUAAGACAAACAAGCAAACAAACACAUCAAGUCUUGGCUGGAACUGGUUGCUUUUUUGGUGGGGUGAAGCCGUAUGGGAGGAAAAGGGGUGCAACAACGUACAGGCAUCACCCUCCCCCUCCCCCCUUUUCUACUCAUAUUCACCUGCACAUCAAUUCAGAGGCUCGAUUUGCAAAAAAGACAAACAUCAAAGUGCACAAAAUGGACUAAAUUUCAGUUAUUCUGUGGUUUACACUUGUGAUUGAAUAAAAAAGCUAUAAAUCUGCUAAUGUUUGAGAGCUACAUCCACUGCUAAUGGUGUUCUAAAUGAUAAAUAAAUAUGUAACAAAAAAACUCAGUUCUUAAAACAGUUCAGGCCUUCAACAGAGGAGAAAGGAGAAUCCUUGAGAAAAAAAGAAUUAGAUGGAGGGAAUGAAUAUGUGAGAGUGAUUUUGUGGAUGAGAGCGAGGCUGCUUUUCGUCAAUAAAUGUCAGUGUCUGUAUGUUAUUGUCCUAAGUGUUUCUUUGGCUUCAGCUUUGCUUUGGAGAAUCUGAGGAAAGGUGGAUUGGAUAAGAGUGGACUGUUUUAGCAUAGCUCAUCAGGAGCUGCUGAUGAAUUUGAGCAGAAGAUCUGUUCCCCGAUGAGAUGGCUUUUAAGUAGAAAAAUAGAAAGCUGCUCCUUGUCAGCAUGCUUGUUACAGUCUUAUCUGGGAGAGACUGACAAGAAAAAUACACGCUUGUUGAAUUGUUACUUGUUGAAUAAGCAGGAAGACGAAGACUUAGAGGUAGAGCUAUGAGGAUUGUAUGAUAUGAUAAAGCCUUGGCUUGUAACCCCAGAUCAUGAAAAUCUCAGAGAGAAGAGUCAUUAACUCUUUACCUCCUGAGAGCCCUGGCACAAAAAGUGCAAUAGAAGUUUUUGCCAAUAACCUUUAGAGUCUGCCAAACAAAGAGGUAUUUGUUUUGGUUUUCUCUAUGGCAGGCAAUGACAGAAAGGUUCUUGGUAAUAUUA